UACAGCGCCUCGCUCGCUGCUUUCAGGUGGGACCAAUCUUUGGGAAGCCAAGCGAUGGAGCCGGAGGACACGAUGAGGCGGGCACAUUCCAUGUGGAACCUCUCCGUUUCAGACUCGGAAAAUUCCCAAAGGCUGUCUGUAUCCCAACUGGUGACCAGAUUUCAGAGUAUCCACGAUCUGAGGAGCGCAGACACGGAGCAGGAAGAGAGGCUCGCAAGCCCUGUCACGUUACCGUCAAACAAGAUGGAGUAUCUGCGUCAGCUGUUCGAGUGCCGAGGCCCUAAGGGGGGGGCGCUGGCUCAGAGGAAGUACAAGUCCAUGGAGAACCUGUCCCAGAUCCGGACCAUGAGCCCCGAUAUCAGGAACCUGAGGUCCAUCUUCGAAAAGCCCUGCGCCCUGAGUCAGGGCCCCCCUCCAGCCUUCCCCCAGCCCAGCACCCCGGGGCCCGAAAGAGAGGGGCACCAGACCCCCAAGACACCAGCCCCUCGGGUCAAAGCCACCGAUGGAGAUGGCUUGGAUGACGCUCCUCCUAAGCCCGACCAGCAGGUUGUCAAGGAGGGACUAUCCAGCCAGACCGUCACCCCCGAGCGAGGACAGCGUCCGACACCCCUGCCCCGCAAAAGCAUUUCUUCCUCAACCGCCAACAACAGACGAGAGUUGGGAGCGUUGGAGCCGAGGAGCUCCGGGACAGAGCAGAGCGCGUCCGCGGAACAGCCCCCAACCUCGGUCAGCGAGAGGUCGGCGGUCUAUCAGUCUAAAAUACCCGGAGCCGGUAUUUUGGGUUGCCCGGCAAAAGCGGUUGUCUCAUCACCUGAAAUCGUCGCUCCAAACAGGAGCCUUCAUCAGAUCGAGAUGGAGAGGAACGAAGACAGAAACCGGGAGCGAGAGGGAGUGGGGUCCACGGAAGGCUUGCCGCCCCCUCCCCCCGACCCCUCGGCCUUGCCCCUGCCGCCCCCUCCUCAAUCACUCGCCCAAACCAGGCAGCAGCGCCAGAUCAAUGAGUUGAAGCGACUUUACCGCCACAUGCGGCCCGAGCUGAGGAAGAACAUGGAGCUGGUACUGAGCGAGGAGUGGGGGGAGGUCUUGGACGCAGAGCGGGUGGCCUCGGGAGCCACCGCGGAGACCCCCGACCUCUCCCCCCCCGGCGAGGUCCAAUCCAUGCGAUGGAUCUUCGAGAACUGGCCCCUGGACAUCAUCGGGGACCAUCAAACCGCCAAGCGUCUGAGAGAAGAGGAGACCGUGCCUCUUGGGGAUGUGAGAGGGACCUCGCAGAUGUUCGAGGCCCAGAACCUAACGGAGACGGGGGACCAGCGAACGGAGACCCCCAGGGUGGAGAGGGGGGACGUCCGCACGGCUCUGUGGCUAUUUGAGACCCAACCCAUGGACUCGCUCAACAAGGUCUCCACGGAGGAGGGGGAGCUCCAGGAAGCAGUGCUCAGGGAGAGGGAGGCCAUCCCCGGGGGGGACGUCAGCGGGGCCAGGCUCCUCUUCGAGACCCAACCCUUGCACCGGGUGGGACGCAGCGGGUCGGCCGAAGAGCGCAGCGUCCUUCAGCUACGUUCGGAGAUCCAGGAGCUGAGCGGGGGGGUGAGCCGGACGGUGGGGCUGUUCGAGACCGAACCGCUCUGCGCCAUCCGGGAGCCGGGGGGUGUCAUGCACCGGGUGCGCUCGGUGUGCCGGGAGGAGAUACAGCACAGCGAUCAGGCCAAGAGCGCGCGCUGGCUCUUCGAGACCCAGCCCCUGGGGGACAUCAGUGGAGGAGAGCACUCGCCAAUGGUCAGGGUGGUCCGGGGCAUCUCGCUGGAGGAGGAGGCCGGGCGGGGGACCGGGGGGGUCGGUGUCGGGCGAGCGCGCUGGCUGUUUGAGACCCAACCACUGGACGCCAUUCGUGAGCGGAGCUCGGAGCUGGCGGAGGAGUGCGAGAACAUCAAGGUGGUGGAGGGCGGAGACGUCAGAAAGUGGAGGUCUCUGUUCGAGAGCAAACCUCUGGACUCGAGGCCCCCGGGCGAGGGGGAGGGCGAGGAGGUGGGGGGGGAGACGAGGGAAGCGGUCACCGGAGGGGACGUGCGUUCCACCCUCUGGCUCUUCGAGACGCAGCCCAUGGACUCCCUGAGGGACAGCUUCGAGGUGGGGCAGCUCAGGAGGGUGGUGACGGAGGAGGAGAAGGGGGAUGUCAAGCAGAAAGCCCGGGAGUUCGAGAGCCGGCCCCUGGAGGUCACCCGGGGCCAGCCCGGCGAGGAGAAGGAGGAGGCGGCGGACGUCAGGAAGGGAGACGUCAAGGCCUACCAGCGCCUCUUCGAGAGCCUCCCACUGGACGGGAUCAAGGAGCCGGGCGGGGAGAUGGUCGCCAUACGUUCCCAGGUCAUCGGGGGCAACGUGCGGGAGAGCCGGGCCUUGUUCGAGAACCCGCCGCGCUACGCCAUCGCCGACGGGGCCGGGGGUUACCACCAGGUCAGGACAGUGAGCCGGGAGGAGGAGGAGGCGAUGGGCAGCGGGGGGGACGUGAGGAACUACAGGUGGGUCUUCGAGACACAGCCUCUGGACCGGCAGGGGUGCGAGGAGGCGCAGCUGGUGAAGGGAAUCACCAAGGAGGAGGCGUGGGUGGGCGAUGUGGGCACCGCCCGCUGGCUCUUUGAGACACAGCCCCUCCGGGGCCUGGCACCCGAUGCCGGGGGCGAGACGGAGGAGCAGAGGAAGGGCGGCGGCGAGGUCAAGACAUGCCGUUGGCUCUUCGAGACGCCGCUGGCCGACGCCCGGCUGGAGCGGGCGCAGAGGGAGGCCGACACCGCCCCGGGGACGGGAGGCGACGUCCGACGGUGGACCUGGCUGUUCGAGACGCCGGAGGUGCCGGGGGAGAGCGCGAGCGGCGAGAGGAGCUUGAAGGUGACGGGCCGCGCGGACUCGGACACCGGCACGGCGAAGCACCUCUUCGACUCGGAGCCCGUAGUCGUCGGUGGAGGCGGCGUGAGAUACACCAGCAAAGUGGACGUGCGCUCGGGUGACGUCUCCAGGGAGAAGGAGAUCUUCGAGAGGUCCUCGCUGGACGCCAUCGGGGAGGAAGCCAGAUCCGGGGACGGGGAGGAGCAGGGGCCCGAGCCGGGGGCCGUCCGCAGGUUCACCUGGCUCUUCGAGAACCGCCCCAUGGAUGCCAUCGGGGAGAUGGACGCCCGCCCCGCUUCCAGCUGGGCCGUGGCUGACGUGGCCGCGGGGGACGUAGGCGGGAAGAGGUUUGUGUUCGAGACGCGCUCGCUGGACCGAAUCGGGGGCGACGAACCCUCCCCCUCGCCCUCUCCGGCCCCCGCCCUAAACCCGGAGCCCGGAGUCCCAGGUGGGGUCCGCUCCCGCACCAUGCUCUUCGAGAGCCGCCCGCUCUACGCCAUCCGCGACCGCGAAGGUCUCUACCAUGAGGUGACCACGGUGAAGAAGGACGAGGUGGUGAGGGGGGACGUGAGGGGAGCGCGGUGGCUGUUCGAGACCAAACCCCUGGACUCCAUCCGGCCCUCGGACGAGGUGUUCGUGAUCCGCGCCGUCACUCAGGAGGACGUCCAUCGCGGGGACGUGACGGCCGCUCGCUGGAGGUUCGAGACCCAACCCCUGGGCUCCAUCGGGGACCAAGCCCCUCCACCCAGCGCCAGGAUGGUGGAGGAGGUCCAGGGAGGGGACGUGAGCUCGGGCAGGGAGAUAUUCGAGCAGGAGCCGGCCAGGAGUUACGUGAGGACGGUCAGCGUGAGCGACAUCCAGAGCGGAGACGUUAGGACGUCCACCUGGCAGUUUGAGAACCUCCCCAUCGAUUCCCUCAAGGGCUCGGCCGAGGAGAGCGAGGGGCAGGUCAGCACAGUCCACCGGGAGGACGUGGAGAAGGGAGACGUCAAGAGGUGCACUUGGCUCUUUGAGUCUCGCCGGUCGGACGGGUUUGGGGACGCGGGCGCCGGGCAGCCCACCCGAGAGGACGUCCCGCCCGGCGACGUCAAGUCGACAACGUGGCUGUUUGAGACCACCCCUCUGGACGCCUUCCAGCAGGGUCCGGGCAGGCAGGAGGUCGGCCCUCCGGCCGGCCAGAGCGUGAGGAGUAGUUUAAGGUCGCUAUGUGCCGCAGGAGCCGUGCGGUCGGGCGGGCUGGCGAUCGAGUCCUGCCGAGUGGGCACGGUCAGCAUGGUCAAAUACCGAGUGGCGGGCACUGACGAGGGCACGAACAGGGGGUGCGUGGGUGAGGCGGACAUCCUGAAAGAGGAGGUCAUCCACGGGAACCUCCAGAGGAUUCUGGUGGAGCUGCUGGACAAGACCAAUGUGGCUCCGCAGGGCAUUCUCCUCCGAGAGGACAAAGAUGGCCGGAUCUCCUCAGCCAAGGUCCAAUUCUUCAGCCGGCCGCAGCCGGGGGCCGAGCAGGAGGCAGCCCACUCUCCCGACCUCAGGGUCAUCCACGAUCUUCUCCGGCCGGGCUCCUCGGUCAAAAAGGGCAUCUUGAUCCAAGAGAGCGGCAAGGGCGAAGCUGAGAUGACCGUCUACUCGCUGCUCGACCGCGCAGAGGCUCAGACCGAGACCAGGGGAAGGGCUGAGAAUGGCAAGUCCAUGGUGGGUUCUCUCCCAGCCAACAACCAGGAGCAACCAGCUCCAAGCCUGGCCGGGCAGCAAGAGAGCGGGAAGAGCAGGAACGUUCAACUCAUUGCCAGUUGCGUCGAUGCGGGCGAUUUGGACUCCCUGAAGAAGGAAGAACCUGUCCAGGAGAAGGAGAAGGUGGAGGAGAAGGUUGCCCAGAGGCGCUUCGAGGAGAUUCCUGGCACGGUGAAUACCAAAGAAGUGAGAGGAACUAAGGUCUCCUCGGUUGCCUGCAGUCUCACUCCAGAGAUCCAGGGAGCGGGAGAAGCCCGUGUGAAAUUGGGUCGUUCUGCCCAUGUCCAUCGGGCUCACAGGCCCUGCCUUGGACCAGCGGUGACGGUGUCUCGAGGGGAGGAUUCGGGCCUGCAGGACGGGGCUUCUGGAGCCAGCGAGCAGCAGCUACAGGUGGCAAUGGAAGGCAUGAGGGAGGCCACAGCCCAGGCGCAGGCCCAUGGUCGAAGCAGCCAGCACAGAGCCGGAGUAGGCCCAAGCCCAGCACUGAGCCCCAGCCGGAGCCAGCAGGUCAGUGAGAUCGCGGGGGAUCGAGGAGGUGGAGGAGGAGGAGGCCUCGGCCGGCCCACGGUCCCAGCCACCGCCCGCUGCCAGAGUCACGGGGCCUCCCACCAAGCAGCCUCGGCCCAGACUGUGUCCACCAGCCUUCAUGGCUUGGGGAGGCUUGGGUUGGAGAGCUCAGCGCUGGGUGUUGAGACUGGGUCAGUCCCAGGUCUGGGACGGGGCCUAGGCCGAGGCUUGGGACUGGAUUUGGGCCUAGACCAAAGCCUGGAGCUAGGCCCGGGCCUGGGGCCGGAGCACAGCCUCCCCCGCCUCGCUCUUUGCGUUCAGGACCGAGUUUGCCUCCCGCCACAGCCUGAUGCUCCCUCUCCUCCUCUCCCCCCAGCUUCACUGAGGCAACAACAACAACAACAACUACAACUACAACAGCAGCACCAACAAUAUCCAGCUUUGGCCUCCUCCAGUUCCAACUCUACCUCCAGGCCUGAGGCCGACACUCCGCCUGCCCCAACCCCAGCUCCAGGCCGCGGACCCAAGCCCAAGCUGCCUCCCAAACCAGCCCAUUUGCAAGACCUUCCCCGCCGUGUGAGCAACAGCCAAAGAAAACCACAUUCGCUCAACAGAGGCCCUCAGCCCGAGAGUAGGCCCCAAGGCCUUGUCCAGGCCUCGCCAGCGCCCAUGGGCCUGAGAGCAGAGGAGGAGGAGUUUAGCAGCAAGGUCGAGGCGAAGACCAGAGUCCCCAGGACACCCCUGCAGAUGGCCGAGGAGGAGCACAGGAGCAGGAGGAGAGAGGGAGAGAAUGUGGCCCUCAACAAGGAGGGGAGAGAGACCUUGCUGAGGGAGCCCAAGGCUAGGGGCCGGGAGACGGAGAAGGAACGCCGCAAGAGGCUGUCCCUCCACAAGGAGGAGAUUGAGAGAGGCCACGUGGAGGCGGCCAUGGACAUUUUCGAGAGCCUGAGGAGACGCGAGGAGCUGCAGAAGAUCUUGACCAGCGUGGGGGAGUUUGAGGAGGGGGAGACGUCACGGGUGGAUGUCAGGGCUCUGAGGAGCCUGUUUGAGGAGAUCCCCGAGUGGGUGGUGGGGAGCAAGGAGGAGAAGACAGUGGCCAAGGGUCCGCAGGGGCCUCAUGGCUCCAAGACGGAGGCCAAGGGGGUCGAGGAUACCCCCUCACCCUCCGUCAGGGUGGUCUUCCAGGACCUGGAGCGGGCGAGCUCCGAGGUCAUCCGCCUGAAGGAACAGACCCUGGCCAAACUUGUUGAGAUCGAGGACUCCAUCCAGAAGGCCCUACGCUCCGUUUCCAGCCUUCGCUCGGAGGCUGACAUCGCCGGCCUGUCCGGGCUUUUCCGGGAGUCGCUGGACUCUGAGACGCCAGCGCAGAGGCAGGGGCGAGUGAGGGUCACUCCAGCGUUAGAGGUCCCCUCCCCCAACCCAAGGGUCCUCGUCCCCUCCCCCUCCUCCCCAUCCUACAUCUCCAUCCAAUCCGCCGCCCGUAAGCCAGACCACCCCCUUAAGAGGGCGGCGCUAGGGGCCCAGCCCCCGACCGCUCCCCCGGACACCGGCCGCUCACCGCUGGUCUCUCCCGCUUCCCCAAAGCCGCCUCCGCUCUGCAACGGAGCCCCACUCGACCCCGCGAGCGAGGGCGUCCCUUUAAGCGCGUUCAAAGGGGCGGGCGCCUCGUGCCCCCGGAGCAAAAGCGUGGUGGAGUUCAACACCGGCUCGGCCCAGGGCGAGAUCAUAGGCACCACCAUAGUGACCGAGGAAUACCAGCAGAUCGACAGCUUUGGCCACAAGCUGGUGACCUCCAAAACCUCUACCACGGUCACCAAACAAAGCGAGUCCCAGCCCCCCAACAGGUACCACCAGCUCACCCCCUCCCCAUCCUCCCUCCUCCAGCCCAGGUGCCCGUCGGUGAGAGCCGAGGAACCGGGGCCCUGCCCACCAGCUGCUCCCGGCAUCGGUGUGGUCUUUCUCUCCUUCGGUAACCCCACCGCCUCCGUCAAGAGGUGA